AUGAAUCGUCAUCGACCGACGAGAAGAAAAGCAAAGGCGCACCUUCUGCUGCACGAAUUCGCACCCAGCGAUGGCCAACGCUACAUCGGCCUUGACCAGAGCAAAGCAAUGCUCAACUUCCUGCACAAGGGGGCUUUCCAUCCCCCGUCCUUGCGCGAUGUGCCUGGCUGCAAGGCGAGAUUCUCGGUUGACGGGUUCAACAAUGACAAACUUAGGGUACCUCAUGCACAAGCGUCCUCUGGCGUUCUGGAGCUGUCCGAUCUGCGAGCUCGGGAUCCUGAUACCCUUGCAACAUCCUAUUCCAAUGUCAGAGCGACGUCCUUACCUUCUUCGGCCUGA